CAGCAAAGCCCCCUCAUCGAUAAUCGAUUGCUUCGGUUUUUUUUCUGGGCGUAGGCACGCCGAAUCGUGGUGAAAGUUGCGGUCUCUAUCGUCUCGUUUCAGCAUAGGCCUAUUUAAUUUUAUUAAUCGGCACAUAUCGAACUGAUUUUGCUAUGUUCCUCUCCGAUUUUUUUAGUCGGCGGCGGCUUAUAUAAAGCUGACCUGUUUUUUAUUUCCCUUCCGGUCAAAAAAAAACAUCGGAGUUUUGGGGGAAAAUCAAUUUAAUUCCCCGUUUUUCUCCAGUUUGCCUGAACGAUUGCAGAGUUGUGCCGUUUGAUGGAGUUCAGUCCUACUAUACGUGUCUGUACUAGUUCCAAACUAAUACUACGCUAUCUGACCGAACCAUGAUACAAACUGAAGAUGGGUCCUUGAAUUAUACUAGCAAACUAGUUUUUGCGGAUUUAUUCGCAAGUAUAUUCGAAGAAACCUGGUAGGUUAACUUCGCACCGGAUUUCUAAGCGGUGUCAUCGUCAUCAUCUUGCAGCUAAGGUACCCUGUUGCUUUUCUAGACGCUCAGCAAUCGCCUAGUAUUUGCUGGUAGCACGGAGAUUUUAUUCCGAUGACCCUUCAACAAAUCUUGGAUUCCUAGUCUGUGGUAUAAAUUUCUUGGAAGACGGCAACAAGAAAAGGCUAAGAAAACGGCCGGUCUAGAUGUCGCAACAAGCAGUUGGUCUGAUUUUGAAGCUGACCGAAGGCUGCCAACCACCCUGCCCUGGUUGGCUGCUUCUGAGAAAAAUCUAUCACCAGGAAGUUGGAAAAACCGUUUAGAAUUUGUGCAGCUUCUUUGGCUGCCUAAUAUUUGCCCCUUUUCAACUGCUGUGGGUGUGGUCAGGAUACAGUUAUCCAGUACUUCCUUUAGAAAUUUUGUGCCCAUGCCGUGACCUAAUUGUCUUGGUACAUAUCCAAACAAGUUGACCUCAUGUACCUCUUUAGGCCUCGUGCCAACCUGUGACCUGUGGCUAAAGGUGAAGUCAGACUGGUAUGGUGCUAUGUACCAGAAAUUUUUCUUCUUAUAUGCCCCCCUUCCCUUGCGCUCUAGUACUAGAGGAAAACGAGGUUAGGAAAAUGGUAAAUUGAGUGCCACUGUUGUGAUCAGGUAAUCCUUUGAUAAGAAUCUGAUGGAUUCUGUUGACUGGUGCUAGUGGAAUCAACUGUUCUACUAGUUGGGAAUGUCAAGUCCCUGUCUAAAUAGAUCGUAUAUGGCAGUAUGGAACAUCCCUUUUAGAUGUUGCUCUUCUUUCUGGCCUAGGACAGAUAGGAUAAGGUAUGGGAAGGAUAUUUACUCAAGUUCCUCUCCUCUUGACGUGCAUGGGCAGGGGCCAUCGUAUAGUAUACGUGCCCAUAUCUCGCAUUUAUGCUGCUCAUUUCAGAGCAUGGAACUAGACAUAAGAAGUAGUAUCUAAUUCAGUAAGAUAUAUUGUCAUUGUGGUAUUGUUUGCAUCUUGGUCUAUGUUCAUACUUGGAUGCCAUUUAGUGAACUAUCCUUGAGGUUUCGAAGCCUUAUAUUUAUAUCUAAUAUCCAAUAGCUGCCCUAACUUGUAUGAAAUGUGAUGACUAGUGUAGUAAUCAAUUUCAUGAAUAUUUAGCUUGUUGUGGACUAUUUAUGAUGCAAAUGGUUCCUAACUUCAUAUUUGUUCCAUGUAUGCAGGAAUAAAACAAAGAUAGUGGAUGCUGGAGCACUUGAGCCCCUGCUUGGUUACUUGCAAUCAAGUGAUCUGAAUUUGCAGGAGUAUGCAACUGCUGCAGUGCUUACACUUUCGGCCUCAUCCACCAAUAAGCCUAUCAUAAGUUCUUCAGGAGCAAUUCCUCUACUUGUGAAAGUCCUUAAAGAAGGGAAUCCACAAGCCAAGAAUGACGCCGUGAUGGCUCUGUACAACCUCUCCACAAUCACAGACAACCUUCAAGCCAUCCUUGCUGUCCAACCGAUUCCCCCUUUGAUAGAGCUACUGAAGGGUGGCAAGAGGUCCUCAAAAACAGCCGACAAAUGCUGUGCUCUUCUUGAGUCGUUGCUUGCAUUUGAUCAAUGCCGAGUGGCCUUGACAUCUGAGGAAGGCGGAGUGCUGACCAUAGUGGAGGUACUUGAGGAAGGCUCCCUUCAGGGCAGAGAGCAUGCUGUUGGAGCACUCCUAACAAUGUGCGAGAGCGACCGCAGUAAAUACAGAGACCUCAUUCUAAAUGAGGGGGCGAUUCCUGGUCUUCUCGAGCUCACAGUACAUGGCACACCCAAGUCUCGAAUGAAGGCUCAUGUUCUUCUUGACUUGCUGCGGAACUCCCCGUAUUCAAGAUCAAAGCUGCAGCCAGACACGCUCGAGAACAUAGUGACCAACAUUGCCUCCCAAAUAGAUGGUGAAGACCGUGGCGGCAAGGCGAAGAAGAUGCUUGCUGAGAUGGUGAAGGUCAGCAUGGAGCAGAGCCUGAGGCAUUUGCAGCGCCGGGCUUCCUUCGCAUGAAAGAUGAACGCCAACCUUUUUUUUGCAAUGGAAAUAGAAGAUAGCGCAAAAUAAUGAGAUUUCUGGUGAUGCCGGUCCAGGCCUUGAUAGGACCGAGUGACCGGUCUAAGCCAUUAUAUACUCGAAGCUCUUGACGUAGAACUCCUUUUCGGUCUUGUGUGUCUUGUUCUAAAGAAAAGAGGACAUGUUUUCUUCUCGUUGCUAUUUCCCCUUCCCAAGGUUUUGUGCAUGUAUCAAAAGAAACGAUGCAAAAAACAAAGACAUUUCCUCAGGGGAAUGGAUUGUAUAUAAAGUAAAGGAUCCCAUUCCUCAUGACUGGAAAAGCAGGUGUAAUCUCUCUGUUGGGUUCA